UUGAGUCCUAGAGAUAGAGGAAAAAAAUUUGAAAAUAAUGUCAGAAAUUUUCUUGUACAUAUCGGGUGUACAACAUCUAUUACUAAAGUUCCUGAUAAUGGUUUUGAUAUCACAACAACAUUUGAUAAGAUAAAUGUUGUGUUUCAAUUAAAAUAUCAUUAUAUUUCUGAGAAAAAAGUUGUUUCUAUUAAUGUUUCUCAAAUUCGUGAGUUUGUUGGUGCUUUUGAAACACGUUAUAAAAAUAGCGAUUUUUAUGGUAUUUUUUUAACAAAUUCAGGUAUUCAAUAUAGUAGUGAAUGUCAAAUUUUUAAAAAUUCUCAUCCUAGAAUAUUUUUAUGCACAAUUGAUAAUUUAUUUCAAUGUCUUUACAAUAUUAAUCGUAAGCAUAUUACUAAUGAUACAAAUACUUUUAAUUUUUUAACUAUGGAAGCGACAAAUGCUGAAGGGGUAUCAUUUAAUUUUAAUGGUAUGCAAAUUGAAUAUAAAAAAUUAGAGUCUCAUGUUAUUAGAAUUGAUAAGAAAAAGAAUGGUUUUUCUCCUUAUUGA